UCAAUGGUCUGGAUCUACCAAGAGGAUUCCAUGGGCAGAAGCUGAGGUUAAGACCUUCAGGGGUUCACGGCGGAGGAGACCACAGCUCACGUCGCAAGGCCCGGCUGAUGCAGAGUGCUGAUCACUAGCUGGGAUGGAUGGACUGCCGAUCCAGCCAUCUAGAAGGAGAGGCCUCAGCCGUACCACUCCUGUCCACUUGAAGUGGACACACCUGGCACUGACCCUUUUCUUCUUGAUCUCCAUCACAAUGACCGGCUGCUUCAUCUGGCAGUAUAAACUCCCCAAACAGGAGUCGGCUCCAGUGGGGGAGACGACCAUUCCAAACUUGGUGCAAAUGUGCCCACGAUUCCCAGAUCCGGUGCCUUUAGACCACCCGGUACCAGUUCUGAAGGAAGCUCUGGAGAAGGUGGACAAGUUCCUCAGGAGUAAGAUCCGCACGCCUGGACUCCCCGCCAUGUCCUCCAUAGUGACGUAUAAUGACACGGUACUGUGGACUGGGAACUUUGGUACGAAGAAUGGAUCUAACCCUUUCUCAACUGUUCCCAAUGAGUACACCAUAUAUCGGAUUGCCAGCAUCUCCAAGCUGUUCCCUUCCCUCAUGUUGUACAAGUUAUGGGAAGAAGGAGAAUUGAACUCGCUGGACGACCCCCUGGAGCGAUACGUAACCAACUUCUCUAUCAAGAACCCCCUGGGCAGAGGGCGCCACAUGGAACAUAAAUACAUGGCAGAUGGAUUGGCGUUUAUAGAGAAAGGGGCACAGCCUGCGAAAGCUACAGCAGUGACAUUGCGCAGGAUGGCGAGCCAGCUAUCAGGUCUCCCACGGCGGCUGCGGUCUACAAAUCUUCUCUGGAAAGGAACCACCCAAGAGGCAAUUGAGCUUCUCCGUGAUGACGUAUUAGUGGCUGAUCCUGGUACCCGGUGUCAUUAUAGUAACCUGGCGUUUUCCUUGCUUGCCCAUGUUUUGGCUGAACACACUUCUGAAGGCGAAUACCAGCGUUGGGUGGCAGACAACAUCUUGGACCGUCUUGGUAUGGAAGACACUGGUUUUGACUUUACACCCCGAAUCCUUUCUCAGAUGGCUGUUGGUUUUUAUGGCAGUGGUCAGGAGGCACCACUAUAUGACCUGGGCUGGUAUCGCCCAUCAGGCCAGAUGUAUUCCACAGCGGCAGAUAUGGCCAAGUUGGCAAUGGUGCUUUUGGGAACCUACCAUCGACGGAUUUUGGAACCAGACACAUUGAAGACAAUGCUAACUCCGCUCUUCAAGUGUUCCACCAAUUACUUUGCUAACAAAACCGGAACCCCUUGGGAAGUGAAUGAACAGUUCGGUUACGACAUCAUCCGCAAAGACGGUGACUUGGAUGGAUACUCUGCCACCUUUUCCAUGGUUCCUAAGCUCCACUUGAGCUUCAUUGUCCUCAUGUCGGGGACAAGGCCUCAGGAAGAGGACAUCAUUACUAAAACAUAUAAUUAUUUGAUUCCAGCUAUGGAAAAAGCUUUCAGAGAAUCGGAGAAGAGGCUCCGUCCAGUUCCAAACCCCACACCUUACAUUGGAUAUUACACCUAUGCAAAUCUGACUUAUUAUGAAAUCAAGGUUGGACCUAAUGGAGUUCUGGUGAUGCAGCAAUUUGGGCCUCACAUUGAAGAUCUGAUCCCAGAGAGUUAUCGGACAAUUCGGCUUCACUACUUGGAGGAAAGAGUCCUGCAGGUUGUGUUUGACAAAGAGUUCCCAUGUAUUCUGCACUUGGGAUCUGCAGCAGUCUCACUAGAGACCCAGGACAGACAACUCUUCAACUUUCACCCAUACAACUCCCAAGGACUGUCUCCUGGAUUUGAUGCUCCAGGUCUGAACACCUACAAUGUUCUGCGCAUUUCCCAAAAGCCUGUGUUCUACAACUAA